AUGGCGGGCGUGUUCAAGAACGUGUUCGGCUCCCAGAGCUCGGGAGCUGCCAGUGACGAUGACUUCGCCGAUUUCGUCGAGGCCCCGAACCCGUCGCCUGCGUCUCUCGUCGCCGAUACCACCACUGUCCCGGCCUACAGCACGUCCGGUGCCGUCCCCUACACAAAAUGGUACCGGGUGUGGGAGCGCACCUCCCCCAAGGACUUCAUGCAGGAGGCCAUGAUCAUGCCCUUCAUCCUGCUGAUUGUGAUUUUCCAUGUCUGGGGUACGCGGAAGAACCGGCGCAAGGCGCGGGACUGGGCCAAAGCCCACAUCCCCGCGCUGCAGAAGGAGUUUGCUGUCGUUGGCUUCGAUGGCAUUGCGCGCCCGGCGGAGGAUGACUCCGUCUCCGUGGAGCUGGUCAACCCCGAGAGCCUGCUGAAGGAGCGGGCCGCGAACGAGUUCGCGGCGUACGCUACCGGACGCCAGAAUGUCGCUUUCCUCGACAUUGCGCUCAAGAUGCCUAAGCGUUACAACCCGAUCACCUACUUCAUGGAAUAUAUCUUCAGCUUCUUUUUUGAGAGCUGGGAGGCUCCUGCCCAGAAGUAUGAGGCUCUGAUGUACGCUUUCGAUGGCAAGGAGAAGGAUCUGAUCCCCGUUCUGGGCAAGGAUACCUCUACACUCAAGGUCAACCAGUCGACUUACGAUGGCUUCAUCUGGGCUGUUGUUCACAAGAGCCACAUGCGCAAGUUCCGUACUGAGCGCUACGAUGCGUCCAUGACUUUCUCCAAGGACCACCCUAGGCUCCCGUCCUGGGUGACUGUGAUGUCUGAAAGCGCCGAGAUCACCGAGAACCUGCUCACCGCGGACCUGGCUCAAGCCAUUGAGAAGGCUGGCCAUGACUUUGAGUACCUCAUUGUCACCGACCAGCCCAUUGACAAGCCGACCAAGAUCGAGGAGACCACCCCGAAGAAGCGCAUGCAGCUGUCGGUCAACCUUGCCUCCGAUUACGCCUCGACCCUGCCCCUCUUCAACCAGUUCUUGCGCCUGACCGACCGACUCGUUCAAGUGGCCCACUGGCGCGGCGAGGUCAUGCGCAAGGUCCGCAACACCCGCGAGGAGGAGAUCAAGAAGCUGCGCCGGGUCGAGGAGGAAGAGAAGGCCGAGGAGCGCAAGCUGGCCGCCGAGAAGGUCAAGAAAGAGGAGCGUGAGCGUAUCCUGCGCGGCAUGACCGCCGAGGAGCAGCGCAAGUUCCUGGAGCGCGAGAGCCAGAAGGGCCAGCGCAAGUCGAUGAAGAAGUACAGCCGCAAGGGCUAG